AUGAAAGCAUUGAUUUUGGUAGGUGGAUUCGGCACUAGACUUAGACCGCUAACUUUUUCAUGCCCUAAGCCAUGCGUUGAAUUUUGCAAUAAACCAAUUGUAUGCCACCAAAUCGAAGCUCUCGCCAAAGUAGGGGUUACAGAAAUUGUCCUUGCUAUAAACUACCAGCCAGAAAUGAUGAGAGAAAGUAUUGAAAAAUAUGCCCGAGAAUACGGAGUCAAUAUAAUUUGUUCACAAGAAACAACCCCAUUAGGCACAGCUGGGCCUUUAGCUUUAGCUAAGGAUAUUUUGACACGUGACAACCCGGAAGGCUCCUUUUUUGUGCUUAACAGUGACAUAAUCUGUGAUUACCCAUUCCAAGAAAUGAUCGAUUUUCAUCGUGCCCAUGGAAAAGAAGGGACUUUAGUCGUUUUCCCAGUCCCUGAUCCUUCACGAUAUGGUGUUAUAGUUACCAAUGAAGCCAAUGAAAUUUUGUCAUUUGUGGAAAAGCCUAAUCCCCCUCUCUAAGUUGACAUAAAUCAUUAAAAUCCCUAUUUUUUGUCAAAAAGCUGCCAUCCUUGAACGAACAAAAAAUAUUUUGAUAUAUAAAUGAUAUAAUUAAUAUAAUGAAAUCUCUAGCUAAAUCUGUUGUGUAAUUUAAACAGAUUGCAAUCUCAAACAUAAACUUUAUAAAUUAAAUUAAUUUUCGCUUUUCAAUUUUUGCGAUUAGUAUUUAUAAAUUUUGAAAAAAACAAUUUACCGUAGAAAAUAUAUAAUUUUUUUUUAAUUAACCCCGUGAACAAAAUUUAUUUGUUCAUUUAUGGACGGGUAAGGAAUUUAUCAGCAACAAAAUCAAUGCUGGGCUUUAUUUAUUAAAGACUUCUAUGAUAGAUAGAAUUGAGCCAAAACCAACGUCUAUAGAAAGAGAAAUAUUCCCUGUUAUGGCUGCUGAUAGACAGCUAUGUGCGGUUACACUUAAAAGCUUUUGGAUGGAUAUAGGGAUCCCAAAAGACUAUUUGGCAGGGACUGAGCUGUAUUUAGCACAUUUGGCAAAGAAGAAUUCACAGGAGCUUAUACAUGGGAGUAAGUUUGCAGGGAACGUAAUGAUUGAUCCUACAGCUGAAAUUGAAGAAGGGUGUAUUAUUGGUCCGAAUGUGUGUAUUGGCCCUAAUUGCAAAGUAAAAUCAGGCACAAGGAUUUCCAACUCAGUGAUUUUGGCAGGGACUGAAAUUAAUAGCCACAGCUGGAUUAACGGAAGCAUUAUUGGAUGGAAAAAUAAGAUUGGGAGAUGGGUAAAUGAAGUUUAUAGUUAGGAUAAAGAGAAAAAUGGAAAGCCGCCAUUUGGAUUCUCACCUGAGCCACUUGUCUCAAAACUAGCUCUAGGUAGAGUCACCCCUCAGUAGAUGCCUCAGGUGUCCCGAUAAGAAAAGAGCAAAACCUGUCUAGCCCAUCUGGUAGGGACAGGAAGCCUUAGGUGAAAAUAAAAACCGUUGCAGGUCUAUGAUCGUGCAUUUUGAUAGUGUAUAUUUCACUGAAGUACAUUAUGGCAAAAAUUGAGGAUUUGACCCAAAAAAAAAAGUUAAAUUUCGACCAAAGAAAUAUACACGGUGUUAUUUGACAUGGAGCUAUACAAACCACCCUGCUUCAGCAGGCUUUUCAUUGAGAUGAUCUACUUCGCUCACUAGGAGCAUUUUUUCGCCACCCAUCAUUCGGCCCAUCGCAUUAUCAGUAUAUGCAUCUUGGAGUCCCUAUCCCAUCACCAUUUUAUUCCUUGAGAAGGGUAAGGAUUGAAGGCUUAAGUGUAUUUGGAGAAGAUGUUGUGGUAAAGGAUGAAGUUUUCUUGAAUGCGACUAUUAUUUUGCCUCAUAAGGAAAUUAAAGAUAGCGAGUUUGCAGCAGGGAAAAUAUUGCUUUAG